AUGUCUUCUCUAGUUCUCUACCUCGCCGGCGUCGUCGUCUUGUACGUACUGAUCAGACUGCUGAACUCGACGGACAUUCCCAAGAUCAAGGGUAUCCCGGAGAUUCCGGGUGUUCCAAUCUUUGGAAAUCUCAUUCAAUUGGGGACGGACCAUGCACGAGUCGCACAGAAAUGGGCCGCCAAGUAUGGGCCGGUCUUCCAAACGCGGCUUGGAACAAAGCGCGUCGUCUUUGUCAAUUCAUACGACUCUGUCAAGCAUUUCUGGAUCACCCACCAGGCCGCACUCAUCUCUCGCCCAACCUUUCACACGUUUCACUCUGUCGUUUCGUCAUCCCAAGGUUUCACGAUCGGCACUUCUCCAUGGGACGACUCUUGCAAGGCCCGUCGAAAGGCUGCCGCCACCGCAUUGAACCGACCCGCCGUCCAGUCUUACAUGCCAAUCCUGGAUCUCGAGUCCACGGUCAGCAUCAGGGAAUUACUUGAAGAUUGCGAGAACGGCAACCGUGACCUGGACCCGUCCCCAUACUUCGCUCGGUUUGCUCUCAAUACGUCUUUGACGCUCAAUUAUGGCUUCCGUAUCGAUGGCGAUGUCAACAGCGAGCUCCUCCACGAGAUCACCCACGUGGAGCGCGAAAUCUCCAACUUCCGAUCUACGAGCAACAACUGGCAAGACUAUGUUCCACUGCUGCGUCUCUGGGGAGCCCAAAACUCGGCGGCUGGAGAAUUCCGGGCGAGACGUGACAAGUAUCUCACAGACAUGCUCAACGAUCUGAAGCAGCGGAUAGCCAACGGUACCGACAAGCCUUGCAUCACCGGCAACAUUCUCAAAGACCCAGAGGCAAAGCUAAACGAAGCUGAGCUUAAAUCUAUCUGUUUGACCAUGGUUUCUGCUGGACUCGACACUGUUCCCGGAAAUUUGAUCAUGGGUGUAGCCUAUCUCGCGACUCCCCAAGGACAAAAGAUUCAAGCCAAGGCUCUCAAGGCCAUUGAGGAAGUAUAUCCCAAUGGCGAAGCUUGGGAGAAGUGUCUUGUCGAGGAGAAAGUUCCCUUCAUUACUGCCCUGGUCAAGGAAACUCUCCGCUAUUGGACUGUUAUUCCAAUCUGCUUGCCUAGAGUGAACAUCAGAGACAUUCCCUACAAAGACACAGUCAUUCCCGCAGGCACAACAUUCUUCAUGAAUGCCUACGCCGCCGACUAUGACGAGGCACGGUUCAAGUCACCCAACCAGUUCAUCCCAGAGCGGUUCCUUGACGACAAGGAAAUUGGCACUCCACACUAUGGAUACGGUGCAGGAUCACGAAUGUGCGCUGGCUCGCACUUGGCCAACCGCGAACUCUACACCGCCUACAUUCGCAUCAUCACCGCCUUCGAAGUGCUUCCUCCCAAGGACAAGACCGAUUUCCCCGUUAUGGAUGCGAUCGAGUGCAACGCCAAUCCCACGUCCUUGACCACAGACCCCAAGCCGUUCAAGGUUGGCUUGAAGAUCCGGUCUGAGCCCAAACUAAGAGAAUGGAUUGCCGAAGCAGAGGAGAGAACGAGGGGCUUGUAA